AUGUUGGUACUUGUGAUUGGUGACUUUUUCAUACCUUAUCGUGCUCACAAUUUGCCUCAAAAGUUUCGUAAACUGCUUGUGCCGAAUAAAAUGCAACACAUUCUGUAUAAGAAUUUUUUUGAAUAUUUUUAUGCUUUAAACUUUAGGUGCACUGGAAAUGUUUGCACUCAAGAAACGAUGAAUUAUUUAAAAACAUUAACUUGUGAUGUCCAUUGUGUUCGUGGCGACUUUGAUGAGGAUACUUCUUAUCCUGAUAUGAAAGUAAUCCCUGUUGGUCAUUUCAGGAUUGGACUCGUCCACGGCCACCAAUUUAUUCCGUGGGGUGAUUUAAAGGUUUAUUGA